AUGAUUUCGAGUCAAAUUUUAGGAUCUUCACCAAUGUGGAGUCGUGCAUUAUGUUAUCGGUUUGCUCCUUUUCUCAUGCGUUCUGGCUCUACAUUAUCAGAAGAGGCUUCAGCGAGUCGAAAUAAAUCAGCAAGUCAAAGAAAAUCUGACUCGAAAUAUUUAGCCAGUGACAUGUACAAUUAUACAGUAUUUAGUCAUUAUGAUAUUGAAGCAUCAAUGACCAAAUAUCGUCUUACUCAACCUUCAUCUCAUGCGCCAUUGAAACAUGAACCAAGUCCACCAAAGAAAUAA